GCAAAAUGAAAACAAUUCUGUUUAUUUUCAUCGCUGCAACAGGAGUUUUCGUUUGUGCUGAAAAAUAUACUACUAAAUACGAUAAUGUUGAUAUUGAUACUAUAAUCAAAAGUGAUAGAUUGCUGUUAAAUUACGUUAAUUGUCUUUUGGAUCGAGGAAAAUGUACACCUGACGGCUUGGAGUUGAAAAAAGUUCUUCCUGAUGCGCUUUUGACAGAUUGUACAAAAUGCAGCGAAACCCAGAAGAAGGGAAGUAAAAAAAUAAUACGUUACCUAAUUGAUAAUAAACCAAACUGGUAUAAUGAAUUGGAAGAAAAAUACGACAAGGAUGGAACAUAUAAGAAAAAAUACGAAAAAGAAAUUUGUAAACUGAAAUUUCCGAAAAUGAAAUUAUCUCUUGUCGUUUGUGUGGUAUUGGCGGUAGUUGUAGUUUCGGCUAGAGCCGAAGAAAAAUAUACGACAAAAUAUGAUAACAUCAAUAUUGACGAAAUUAUUAACAACGAUAGAUUACUGAGAGGAUACGUGGAUUGUCUUUUGGGAACUAAAUCUUGUACUAAAGAAGGAGAAGAGCUGAAAAAGGUUUUCACAGAUGCAUUGGAUACUAAAUGUGCCAAAUGUAAUGACAAGCAAAAAGAAGCCGCGAAGAAAAUAGGUAAACACCUCAUACAAAACAAAAGAUCGUGGUUUGAUGAGCUUGUGCGAAAUUUAGUUAGUCAGCAGUUGUAUUUGCAAAGUUGUAUCAAUAGCAAUAAAAUGAAAUUAGCAAUUGUAGUUUGUGUUGCACUAGUAAUAGUAGCAGUUUCUGCAGCACCGUCUGAUGAAAAAUAUACCUCAAAAUACGAUAAUGUCAAUUUAGAUGAUAUUAUUAAAAGUGAUAGAUUGUUAAGAAAUUAUAUCGAUUGUCUUCUGGGAACCAAGAAAUGUACCAAAGAUGCUGAAGAAUUGAAAGGAGUUUUACCAGACGCAUUGAAAACCAAAUGUGCUAAAUGUACUGAUGCUCAGAAGGAAGGCGCUAAAAAGAUUUUACGACACUUGUUGAAAAAUAAACGAGAUUGGUUCAACGAACUCGAAGCUCAUUACGAUCCUGACCAUGUUUAUAUCAAGAGCUACGAAAAAGAACUCAAGGAAGAAGGAAUAGAGGUGUAAAUUCAAGAUUCGCAUUGUUACUUUCGUUGAUUAAACCAGUUUUGUUUGUUUUUUAAAUUAUUAUGUAGGUAUCAGUUUACCAAAAUAAAAAACAGCAUGCAGUAAAA